AUGUAUCUAGGCGAGGCAACAAGAUAUCAUUACAUUGGAUGCUUUGAGGACGAACCAACAGAUAAUGAUUUCGACACGCGCACUAGAAUGUCGGGCACCUUGACCCCGACCGUCUGCGCCGCUCACUGCACCGACCGUGGCUACAUAUUCAUGGGUCUGGGAGGCGGAAGGAAUUGUAAGUGCGGCAUGGCAUACGGAAAGCACGGAGAGCAGCCAGACACUGGUUGUAACGUGGCGUGUCCGGGGGACGGCACCUUCAUGUGUGGAGCACUCGGCCUAAACUCGGUGUACAGAAUUUAUAAAUAUGACAACUUCAACGAAUUGCUAUUCCACGACAGCCUUGUGUCCGCAGGGGACGAGCUAACACGCAAUGUAACAACAAGCCCGGUAGGUGUCGCUUCGGUGUUACGGUGCGGAGUUCACUGCCUUGCGUCGCCAUCUUGCUUUGGAGUCGUCUGGAUUCCAGGAAGCGUUAAAAACUGCGUGCUUAUCUCCGGUAUAGGCAACCCAGGCGUCUACACGAUUCCAACAGGAGGAAAAUACUAUCAUAAUUAG